GUGCCGGAAGAGGCACUGGUCGUGGAAACAACAAUGAUAAUAAUGAUAACGACAAUGGAGGACCCCCACCAGGAAGUGCCGGACGUGGCCGUGGUCGGGGACGGGGACGGGGCGCUGCAGCCCCAGCAUCCAGAGGGCGUGGACGAGGCGCUGCUAGGGCAGCCUCACCGCCACCUGCCAGCGACACUGAUGACUUGAAUAUUAAUAUGCCCCCGCCUCCCCCACCGCCUCGAAGCCGUUCACGAGCAUCCAAUGGAGCAUCAAAACCCAGUGCUCCUGUCUCACGGACAACCUCUUCGGGAAGUAAACCCUCCUCGUCGCGGGUGAAUGCCCCGGCAGCUAUUCCACGACCCAACCCCUUGCCUUCUUCAAGCACGACGCCCGAAUGUGAAUGCGGCAUUCCAUCUCAGUGCAAAACAGUAACGCAAAAAUCAGCUCGCGAAGGCAAGCAGUUCUAUGCCUGCGGAGUCGGUGACGGCUGCGGGUUCUUCAAAUGGUGCGAUGAUGGACCGGUUGCUAUGCCUGCAAAUCCUAUGCCCCUCGUUCCAGCAAAGCGCGCAUUGGCUAGCGAACGUUCAGUCGAUGCCCUCGCACGUCAAUGUCAAUGUCGUGAGGACGCGGCAAGACGUACUGUCACUAAAGAAGGGUCAAAUAAAGGACGAAUAUUCUGGGGAUGUCCCAAAGGAAAGGACGGUGGUUGUGGGUUCUUCGAGUGGGACGAUGAACCGCCCAAACCUAAGAGCGCUGCUCCUUCACGCCCCAUGUCGACUCGAUCAGCAAGCCAAAAUGAUCCAAGUUCCAGUGGCGGAAAGUGUUUCAAGUGUGAUCAAGAAGGUCAUUGGGCGUCUGCGUGUCCAAAUGGUGACAUGACUAGUCGCUCGAAACCGGCAUCAAAGGCUGGAGGAUCGGCGUCUAGUGAUGCUUGCUUCAAGUGUGGACAGACAGGACAUUGGACUUCUGAAUGUCCCGAUAAUGGUGGACCUGGGCCAUCCAAGCGCGCAAAAUCUACUUCAAGAGGUUUGAAGUCCUCGUCGAAUACCACUUCCAGAGGGAGAGGUGGGAAAAGAGGUGGGAAGAAGGGAGCCUGCAAGACGAAAGGUGGAACAUUUGGAGCUCCAGAUGAUUUCUAAGGCAAUAUUAUGUGGCGAAUGUGCUAUGGUUUUCGUGCCGCUCGAAAUGGGAA